AUGAUAAAAAAUUUUGGUUUAAGUUGUUGUUCAAUUUCUUCAAUUCCUUUAGAUUAUGAAGGUAAUAAAUUAAAAAUUAUUGAAAGUAUAAAAAAAUGUAAAGAAUUAAAUUGUAAUAUAAGAAUUGGUGGGGAACUAGAAUUGUGUGGUGUUAAUUGUAAAGAUAGCUUUAAGGAAAUUGAAGAUAUUAAUGAAAACUGUUGGUUUUAUUUGAGUGAAUUAUUAAAUGUAAAAUAUAAAAAUAAGUAUUUAACAGAGGAUAUUUUAUGCUUUAUAAGUAUGCCUGUGUAUUUUAAAAAACAAUUAUACAACUGUGAAAUAGCUGUAUACAAUAAUGAAAUUAUUUUAAUAUCACCUAAAGAAAACAUAAACCAUUAUGAAGGUAAAGCUUAUUAUGCAUCAUAUUCGAAAAGUUUGCAUGAAGAAGGAAAAUUUAAUGUUAAAGAAAGAAAAGAUAUAGAAGAAAUAAAAUUUAAAAAUUCUGAUAUUAAAAUUUUUUAUAAUAAUCUUGAAAAAUUUAUUUUACCAGAAUGUAUUCAAAAUAUAACGAAACAAAAGGAGACAUAUUUUGGGAAUGCAGUAAUGCAGAUAAAUUCUCUAAUAAUUGCGCAUAUUUUUUUAGAUGAUUUAAUUAAAAUUCAAAAUAAUUCAAUAUUUGAUGAUGAAAACUUUAUAUUGAAUAAGGGAAAUAGUGAAACGUUAGAAAAGAGAAGAUUAUUAUUACAAAGGAAUAAUAUAAAAUUAAAUGUAAAUAACGACAUAAAUCUUGAUUGUGUUGAUAUAUUAUUAGUUAAUGGGUAUAUAUCUAAUGAAUUAUACUUAUUUAAAAGAUAUUUUAUAGAAUUAAUGAAUUUAACAGAGAAAUAUCCUAAUAUUACUUUAUGUUUUAGUAACAACAGUGGAUGUGAUAAUAACUUUUAUAAGUAUGAUGGUUUUUCAUUUAUUAGUCGAAACAAAAAAGUGCUGACAAAAAAUGCUCGAUUUUCCUUUUCAGAAAUACAAGUAGCAUCUGUUAAUGUAUCUUUCGAUAAAAAAAAUAAAAAUAUAGAAAUACUGCAUGAUUUAAUAGGUAAUAAGUAUUCUAUUUUAAAAAUUAAAGAAGAUGAGAAAGAAAAUAAUGAAGUAAAUACUAAUGAAUGCAUUUUUUCUUUCAAUGAGGACUUAAAUAUAUCAAUAAAAACAUCUUAUGAAACUUUAUUACGUAAUCUUCCAUCAAAUUACAAUUGGAUAUUAUAUGCCCAGAAAAAUAACAAUAUUUUACAACUUUUUAGUAAUUAUCAUAACUCAAAUGAGUAUUUUUAUGAAUUCAAUUCAGGUAAAUAUUCUUUGCAUAAUAUUUACGAAGAACUAAGUUUUAAUAGUGCUAUGUUUUUAUGGCACAUAUUACAUUUAACAAAAGCCAAAGGGUUUAUGCUUGCCAUAUCAGGAGGAAUUGAUUCAUCCUUUGUUGCUUGUAUGGUUUAUAUUUUAUCAAUAAUGAUAGAAAUUAAUUUAAAUGAAAAAAAAUAUUUGAGUAACAAUGAACAUUUAGAUUUAGUUGACGAGCUUUUUUUAAAAAAAAUUAAACAUUUAUUAAUUGAUAAACCAUGUAGAAAAGAUAUAUGUAAUAAAAUACUUAAUACAAUAUCCUUACCUUCAAAUAAUAGUAGUGAAAACACAAAAUUAUAUUCUGAAUCAUUAAGUAAGUCUCUUAAUUCAUAUCACACUGUUUAUAGUAUAGAUCAUAUUUAUGAAUUUUUUAAAAAUGUUGGUGAAGAUUUUUUAAAGGAAAAUAUGAAAUAUAAAAGUGAAGGUGGUAGUAAUUAUCAGGAUUUAUGUUUGCAAAAUAUUCAAUCGAGAUCUAGAAUGUUAUUAACAUAUUUCUUUAGUACAUUAAUAUGUCAUAAAAGAUAUUUCAAAUAUAAUAUGCAUAAUGAAUUUUUAAUAACAUUAGCAACUGGAAAUUUAGAUGAAUCUAUUACUGGGUAUUAUACAAAAUAUGAUUGUUCAUCAGGUGAUAUUAAUGUGAUCGGUAACGUAAGUAAAAUUUUAAUAAAAGAAACUAUGUGUCAUAUAGCUAAUGAUUCUUUUUAUGAUUUAAAAAUUCUUAAUCAAAUUAAUCAAUAUAAUCCAUCAGCUGAAUUAAAACCAUUAGAUAAUAAUCAAAUAGAUGAAAAUGAAUUAAACUUAAAAUAUGUAGAAAUUAAAUUAUUAACCAUAUUAAAAAAUAAUUUUUUUCUGGGGCCAUUAUCUAUGUUUUUCUAUUUAUCCAAUUAUUUUUGGAUAAAUAUGCCGAAAUUAGUUAUAUUUGAGAAAAUUCAAAAUUUCUUUACAAGGAUUUUAAAAAAUACUCAUAAACUUUUUAUUUUACCUCCUUCUAUAAUAAAUGAAUCCUGCGGCCUUUAUUUUUCAAAUUUUGUUCAUUAUGCAAAUAUUGAUUUUGAAAUAUUAAAAAAAAAAUUAAAAUUAUAG